GUUUUCCACAUGAUUUUAUUCGCAAAAUAACAACGUGGGGUGUGCCACACCGUUCUCCAUGAUUCACCCUCACGGUGAGGCGUCUUUCACAUGGGCUGCUCGCAACAGCCACUCCCCGACGUGUCUUGUCCGCACUGAGAGGCGCCUUGUCUUCACGCUGCUGCCGCUCCGAUCCGGGGCUGAGCAGUUCGAUCGUUAUUGUGCUUCUGCUUUGUCUCUACAAGCACCCGUUUCUACAACGUGCAGUCGUUUGUCUUCCAUUUAUUUCCUUUAAAAAUCUAAUGUGCAGAUCUUUUGUACUUGCAUAAGUUCGCAAGUUAUUUCUGGGUGUGUCGUUUUGCGGGCAAUAUAUCUGGUCGGGCCAGCCCUACGAGGUCACGCAACCCGGCCCCUUGAGCGCAGCAAAACUCUUCGUGCUCGACCUUUUACCCGCCAGAACGCCAUAUCGACCGCGACGGACCCCUUCGGGAUCCCUUCUGUACUGUUCCUGUCGACACUAUAAAGAGAUUCAGUAUUAUGAUCUAUUAUGGUGAUAUGUUUCUGCUGGUGAACGACGUCUGAAUCCCUUGCCUUGAAGUUUUUUUAUGCGUGCCCUCGUCGUCCGCUUCAUACGCUAUCGAGAGAAACCCGAAGCCACUCGCUGCUGGACCACCCUUGAUAGUUUGAUAUGCUGCCGGGGCUCUUUAUUCACUUCAUUUGAUUUAUGGAAGCCUGCUGUUAUUCAAUGCAAAACUUAAUCUCAUUCCUAUGCUGAAAUAAUUAUGAGGGCAGGUGACCGUUUCUUAAAACCCGCCUGAGUUGAGUGCAAAGGCAGUGCCUAUCUCUUCAGAUCUCGCGCUGCUUUGGUGAGGUGACCGGAUGCUUAGUCUCGCUGUUGUCAGCUGUCUUUCAGCAAAGCACAAGAACUGUGCCAACGAUUUCCGUCGACUGAAUUGUGUCCCGACCGUUGAUAUUUUUCAGUCAACGCCGUUCAGAAAGCGUCUCUGAUGGUCACAGAGCUCGUGAGAUCGAGUCCUUAUUCCCCUUGGAACUGCUAUUAGGCACGUCCCCCGCAACCACGCGACCGCCAACGGUUGAUCACGCGGCAGCUCCUUCCCGGAUAAUUUCGCUGCUGUCUCCAUACAGGUCGACUAUCCGGAUGUGAUUAAGCGGUUCAGUUGUCUGUAAAUUUUAGUGGGAUAUUUAUCUUCUGCGUUAUUGUUCAACGAGGUUUCCCACCCCGUUUUACGUAUUUUUUGCAUACCGUCACUGCAGAGACCACGCCGCUACUCUCAAGGCCGCAGGGCUGUGCGCUACAGCCGCCAGCAUUAGGAGGGAGCUGUGCCUAGCAACGGCAUUCUCGCAUGAGACCACGCUCAUGCAUUUUGAUUAUCGAUCAAAGCAGUGAACUACUGUUGGAUAUGUAUUCAAGUUGAGGCGCCAGUACAUUCUGGGUCUUCCUCUCCAGUCAGGAAGCUAACCCGAACGUUUGCAAGUUCUCGCGACUUGUUGUGGAUCUACGAGGCCGAUUGCAGGUCCAACAGACGGUGUAUGAGACGCGAAGGUCGAGUCCUACAGCUCGCCGUGCAUAGUCUGCCACUAACAGGGACGUGCUUCCAAAGCAGCAGGCGGGAGCCCUUUCAUUUCUUUGCCUUUUAUAAUUUCUUUCGGCCGGUUAUGACGACGCCUCCUUACGCUUCGAAUCUCGUGCGGUAAAAGAAUCAGAGCGUGCGGCUGCGCCCAAGGACACUGCCGUCUAGGGCGUGCUUGCGUUGUUGGGGGCCCCCUGAGAGUCAUUCGAUGCUCCCUUUCGCGGACGAAGACUGUGGUGUCAGUUUGUAUAUUUUAUAAUUUACGAUGUCGGUAGACACGGGGGGAGUCGUCCUCGACCGGAAUGUCGCCAUCCCCGUUCAAAUGCAGGAACGAUCUUCUGGAUACUGCAAUGGCGACGUUCCCGAGUAUUCAGGAUCGCCGCUGGCGGCUUCGUUCGGGCCUUUGGCUUUAAUGUCCGAGACUGUGGCGACUCUGGAAGACUCGGUAUCGGAACUUGGGUGUAAGAAUGCGGCAGAUUUCUGUACUGCUACUAAUAAGUCUACUCAAUAUAUGAAUCAACCAUCGCGGAGCAACAGUGUCAGCACGCAAACCACCGCAAGCGGCUAUGGCCAAAGGUUAACCCGCGACAGCGGGUUUCCUGACGAGGCUUCUUCAACAAUUUCAACAAGCCCACUGGUUACGGCUACAUCUGCUUGUUCCCCAAUUCCUUCUUCCGGAACCACCACACCAGUGGCAGAACCCAGCGGCCCUGCCGGUAGCAUCUCGCCGGAGGAGUCUUCAAAGGACCUUCCUCCUGGGCUGACAGCAAACCAGCUCUGGAAAUUUGUAAUUCAAGUAUCAAAAGGCAAACAUAUGGAAGGAGAUGCAGAAAAAACAGGGGAUGCAGGAGACCAACGACACGAAACAGCUCGUCGGGCGCUUGCAUCAGCUAGCGUUUCGUUAAAUGUAGCCGCGACAACAUAUGGUACUACUGGGAUAGGAAAUGGGCCUACUCUCCCUGGAGAGAAACAAGAUCAAGCAAAUGCACUCUUCGACUGUGCGCUCCUGGAUAGCUCUGUGUCACGAACGGAGACAAUUGGUAGUCGUAUCGGAAUGCAUCGCCGAGUACAGGCCCGACAUGAGCUGAGUGCCGAUUGCUAUGCACGCCAGUAUCCUCAAAGACACCUCCCGCUACCAGAAAGUGGAAUUCAACUGCAUCCGUCCCUUUCUGGAGUGCGUGUAACUCGUAACACCGCAAAGCGCGCUCCCUCUGUCGCAACGGCGCCGGCGGAUUUACCGAGGGAAUCGACAUUCCCCUUAAUGCCCGCUCCGAAGCGUCGGAGGGGAAGUCAUGAUAGUGGAAAGGGAAGUGUAUUUCCUUGCCGUCCUCGGGAACUCAGUGAUCUGUUGCAACUUCUUGCUGAAAAUGCCAAACAGGUCGCUCAAGCAUCCGAUGGUAAUAUGCCGGCAGCACUGGACUGCAGUUUUUGGAAAACGCUGCAAGAGCAGAUGAACGAUGUGGCCAAGCAGGAGCGGAAAUUGUCUGCCGUUACCAAGAGACAUAAUUUCCUACCUCAAUUCCUCUCUCGUCUCCCGGUCGCGUGUUCUACCUGCCGUGCGACCCCACAAUCAAUCCAGAACAACAAAAAAAGAAAGAGAGAGCAGCACGAUCCAACUCGCCCUGGUUGCCCGUUGCCUUCGCCGCGGUGCGUCCCCAAGUAUCUCGCAAUUCCUUCCGCAGUGUACCGUGUGCCCACGUUCCGGCAAUGUCUGUGUCAGUGGAUCGCCAGUCAACGAGGGACGCCUGUCGAUGCACUUGAAAAUCUUGAAGAGGGUGUUCUGGAAGACGUAUCUCCGCUGCAGCUGCCGCCAAGAGUCUACUUCUCUUCCCGUGUCACCGACAACGUCUACGCUGAAGAAGAACCGCGAAUCUUUCUUUCCGGAUAUCUUCCUUUUUCCGAGGAGGAAGCCGAUUACGCACCUGCAGACCAAGCUCGCUGUCUGUACAUGGAAGCCGGACAAAACGCGGCGCCACCGGAUGAAGUGUGUGCGGAGGUUUCUACGCUUCCAUCAGCCCCCGAAGAACCGUUUACUUCAACACGUGACCAAUCGUCGUACUCGGCUUUCAAGGACGGAGUCUACUUCGACCACCAAAAAGGAUGUUGGAAAGCUACCGUCCAGCGGCGUAACCAGGUUAUUACGAAGCACUUCACAGAAAAACGUACAGCGCACACUAUGAGACAUCCGCAUGAAGUUCUUUAUGGGGUAGACAAGCGUGGCGCGGCCGGUUCGUAUAGUUCUUCAGUCAAACAUCCCGAGGAAACGAGAGCCACUUUGUAUUACGAUUGGGUGAGCAAGCACUUCAGGGAAGUGUGCAAGUACCUGGAAUCCGUCCCAGCUUCAGGAAAAGGGACUAGAGGAGUGGUUGCAACUGCAUCCGCGGUUGACAGACUCGCUUCGUGGGGGCGUUGCGCAACGAAACGUUCGACUUGUAGUGCCAUGCCAGGCGCUAGCUGGAAAUCUAGCUCUCCGUUACCAACGUCGGAGAGUUCGUACGCCCCUGUGGAUGCUUCGUCUCGGAAACACGGAAAAUUGCAAGACCUCGAACGUGGUGAAAACGGUAACAAAGCGAAGGAGACUUCGAACCCGCUAAUACAGCACCAAGAGUGUGGCAAGGCGCUUGGUACCAAGAGGAAUAUUUUGCUUGCACAAAGUCCCCCGCCGAUACAAUGCAACUAUACAGAUGAUAACGUAAGGAAAGACACGUCUGUUUGUGAGACUUCAACAAUUGCACGCCAGUUUGUUUUGCGGCAGUGUCAAAGGCUUCUAGAGAUUCACCGCCAGCACCUGUCGGACCAGUUGUCUCAGAACACGACACCGUCUCAGAAUCCGCAGCAGUCAGCAGGAAAUGUUUUCGAACGUUGUGCAAUGCUACCCGGAGAGACAGCGAAUCCGAAAGGACCGUCUCAGGCGAAUGACUUGCCUGCAUUAGAUGACGUCAUGCAAAGACUUCAAAGGAUGAUUCGUGAUACUCUAGGGACAGUCUCCGCUCCCAGCACAGAGGCUGAUGUGUCGCGAUAUCAGCAGCAAGUCCUCUUACUCCAGCAGAUGCGGCAACACCAUUUAGACAUGCAGCGACUGGUCAUCAACACGGCGUCCAGCGUCCCCGUCCUGCGAUAGAGAACGUAAUGGUGGAUGUGAACAAAGGCAGGCGUGCUGUGGCGGCACCGCCCGCAGGCCCAGCCGGGUGAAGGGGAGCGUUCGGUCAUGAGAUGAAAGAAGAACGGAGGCAAGCCUCUGCAAAACAAUUUUCAAAAGUGCGUGAGUGGGUGUAUACAUGGUUUAUCAUAUACGGUUGUGUACUCAUACGGUGGUUGGCCUAAUCUCCUACCCCAGCAUCUCUUACAGGUACCCUUUUGAGAGCGUGCAUAUUCUGUCAUUCCGUUGUCUUACUAGCGCGGUCGGCAUAUGCUACCACUAUGAACCACCGUGUCUCCGAAUUCCGAAAGACUUUCAGCAGCAUAAGAGAAUCAUCCUAAUCCUUUCUGC